GAGAGGCCUCAGCACUUCCUCUUUGUAGUCCGUUGUAAAAACAGGAAGCUCGAGUGUUAGGAAAGAACAGUUAAGCUUUAGCUCUAGUGUUUCGCCAAUAUCUAGACAUCACAUGUUGUUACACUUGAUUUAGGGUAGAAAUCUAGCUUUUUUUGAGCUCUGGAUCAUGGCUGACACUUUAGAGAAUAACUCGGAGUGCCCUCCAUCUGUCAUGAGCGAAGCUUCGGCGGGCGGUCUGAGCAUACUGGAGAGCUCCAUGCAGGAGAACCGACAAGACGGGCAGGUUGUUUUUGAAGACUCUGUGUUUGCUGGUUAUUUGCAGGAUGGACUGCACAGUCUCCGGCUGGAGGACAGCUUAACCGAUGUCAGCCUCCACGUACAGGGUCAAAGCUUCCAGUGCCAUCGAGUGGUCCUCGCUGCUGCCAGCCACUAUUUCAGAGCAAUGUUUUGUAAUGACUUGAGAGAAAAACGUGAAGAAAAUGUAAAUAUUAAAGGCACUGAUGCUGACACAAUGGAAAUCCUGUUAGAAUACACUUACACCAGCAAAGUCGUCAUAACCAAGGACAAUGUUCAGAGAAUGCUUGAGGCAGCCAGUCUAUUUCAGUUCCCACGUAUAGUAGAUGCAUGUGCCAGUUACUUAGAAGAAGCCCUUCACCCGGAAAACUGCGUGGGAAUCCUGCAUCUAGCCGAUGUGCAUUCGCUGGAGUCUUUGAAAGCCCAAGUCUACUCCUUCAUUAUCCAAAACUUCUCUCAAGUGGUAGACCAUGAUGAGAUCCUUGAGCUUCCUGCGGAUGUGUUGGUCAGUCUGCUCCAGCAUGACGACUUGGGGGUGACAGAAGAAGAGCAGGUGUUUGAUGUGGUCAUGCGUUGGCUGAGGGCCCGAAAGGAUGAAAGAGUAGCUCAGCUGCCCCGUGUGCUCACACAUGUGAGGCUGCCCUUGUUGGACCCGUGGUAUUUUGUAGAAAGGGUGGAAGGAGACCCUCUGAUCCGCCAGUGCGCCGAGGUGUUCCCACUGCUGCAGGAGGCCCGUGUUUAUCACCUCUCGGGCAAAGAGGUCAGUUUUACAAAGGUGAUCUCAGAGCGCACCAAACCUAGAGUGCGGGAGUACCAGUCUGAGGUGUUUAUGAUCAUCGGAGGAUGCACAAAAGAUGAGAAGUUUGUAUCCGAGGUGACCUGUCUAGACCCAUUACGCCGGAGUCGCUUAGAAGUCGCAAAACUACCGAACACGGACAUGGAAGCUGAGAAUGAAAAUAAGAAGUGGGUGGAGUUUGCAUGUGUCACCUUCAGAAAUGAAGUCUACAUAUCAGGUGGCAAGGAAACUCUGCACGACGUAUGGAAGUAUAAUGCAUCGCUAAACAAAUGGAUCCAGAUUGAGUUUCUGAACACAGGCCGCUGGAGACACAAGAUGGCAGUUGUUGGAGGAAAAGUAUAUGUUUUGGGUGGCUUUGAUGGAACACAGAGACUGAACAGUGUUGAAGGCUACGAUCCAUUUCACAACUGCUGGACAGAGACAGCACCGCUCAUGCUGAGUGUAAGCUCCUUCUCUGCUGCCAGCUAUGACAAAUACAUCUUUGUGAUCGGUGGAGGCCCUAAUGGCAAGCUUGCCACAAACAACAUGCAGUGCUUUGAUUCCUUAUCAAACAAAUGGAGUUUAAAAUGCCCGAUGCCAACUGAGGCCAAAUGCACAAACGCAGUCACCUUUAACGAUGCCAUUUUUGUUGUUGGUGGUGCGAUGAAGGCCUUGUAUUCGUACAGUCCUCUGGAAGACUCCUGGACGCUAAUAAUCCAGCUGGGAUGUGAGAGGGCCAGCUGUGGCAUUGCUGCCUGCAAUAACAAGCUCUUCAUUACUGGUGGCCGUGAUGACAAGAACGAAGUGAUUGCCACCGUUCUCUGCUGGAACCCAGAGACAAAAAAGUUGACUGAGGAGUGUGUGCUUCCCCGUGGAGUGUCUCACCAUGGCAGUGUGACUCUCAGGAAGUCCUACACACAUAUACGCAGAAUAACACCUGGAACAGUCACCGGAUGACAAAUUCAGCAGCUUCAGAGACUAACUUUUUUUUUUUUUUUUUUUUU